AUGUGGAAAAGCUGGAUGGACUACUACCACCAGUGGAGUAGCACACCAAAGCCAAAAUGGAAAAGCCAUGAGCACGAGAAAGCCAGGAAAAGUGGAAAUAGCAGUGAUGAUCUUGUGGAAAAUGAUGAAUGGGUUUUGGUUAAAAAGCCAGAGUCAAGGGUUACUAAAAACAAAAAAAGAGAUGCCUUACAUCAAAUUAAUCUAGAUACAGACCUUCAAAUCUAUGAUGCUGAUGAUGAGAAUGCCAGGGAUGAAAAAGAUUGCAAAGUACAGACAAACAAAGUUAACCCCUCAGGUAACACAAAAAGGAAGAAAUCAAAAAUUAAAGUUCACGUUGAUGAGGAUGAAGAAGAAGAUGAUGAAAGAAGAAAAUCUUUGAUUGCUUUAAAUGAUCAUUUCUCUAGGACGUUAUCUACUUCAAAAAGUUUCAGAAAAACUCAACUGAGUAGGUCAAAUGAAAAUUUAUCAUCAAAAGUUAAACAGAACGACAGCUGCUCCGAUGACCAACAGGACCAACAUUCCGACUUUGAGCCUUAUAGAGGACCAUUUUUGAACCUCUUGGAUGACACACCUUUUGGAAGGAAAGGUAAAGUGCUCAGCAAUGCCUCAUCUCAACCAGAAAUCGCUAACAUUCCUUCAUUAGAAGAGUGCUGGGUUGUCACACCUGCACCCUGCUUCACCGGGGUGCCAAAAGAAUGCCCAAAAGGUUCUUUAGAAGAUCUUUUAAUUGAACGGACGACAAAAUCCGUUUACCAACGCUUAAAAGCCAAAAGCUCCAAAAAAAAUUUGAAUUCCAGUGAUAGUAACUAUAGUGUGGUGGAAGACGAAAUGAAUGACGAAAUUGCGUUUACAUUGCCGAAUGAAGGCGAUGACCACGAGCGUGAAACUGAGUUGAAAAACCGGAUGGAGGAAGUAGCCAAUAAAAGUGUGCUAAACAUGCUCGUCAGCCAUUUUUCAAGAGUUGAGUGUGAAAGCAACAAUGAAGACAGAGGAACGGAAGAUGACAACGAUGUGAACUAUAGGAACGAUAACACGGGCGUUAGGUAUUUUAACAUUAAACAUAGGCGUUAUCACGACAAUUUUAGAGGAAUUCGAAAAGGUGUUAAACGCGACAGUUGCAUUCAAAUAUGA